AUGCGCCUACUCAUACUUCUGCACGUCUUCUACUCGAUACGCAUAGGUUUGUGACUCAAUAUAUUACUGUACCGGCUAGAUGAGCCUGGAAAUAGUAGAAAAUGGCACAAACCAUUGGAGUUGCUCUGAAAAACGGGAUAGAAGUUUGCAUUUUUUUUUUUGAAAGUCUUAGGAACUAUCGAGUUUAAGAUCAAGAUUCAAGAUACUGUCUAUAAUACUUUCAAUUAUUGGUAGUGUAAGACAGAUAAAUCAUGAUACAUUUUCAUCAUACAUUCGAAAAUACGUAAACCCUAUUACUUUCUCAACAAUUGUAAAUUGAUUCCUUACCAUUAGCCCUUAGCGAGUUUUUUUUUUCAUCUAGAGUAUUCACAGUUCAGCUCAAAAUUUGAAAGCCCAACUUUUCCAGGACAUUCUCUUCGCGUCUGCACCAUGAAACACUACAGGAUAAACUCUGGAGACGUUUUGCAAAGGUUCAAUUUGUUCAUAUUCCAACCAACUUUAUUCUUGCCAUCAAUUUCAGAGUUGAGCUCUCAACAGCAGAAAAGUGUGUAGAGCGAUGUAUUGAAAACAUGAUGUACUGCUAUGUAGCUCAGUUCUCCAAAUCGAAGAACAAGGUCUCAAUUUGCGCUAUUCCUACGCUACGAUAUCCAUUUUUAGGUUCUGGGAGUAUGCAGUUUGUAUGCGAAGACAAAAAAAGAAAUGACUUUGCACCCUGAUGCAACCAUCGACCCAUUGACUAUCAUUUAUGAAUUGGUCGAAAAAUGCGCUCCCUUCACGUCCAGUGACAUCUCUCAUAGAAUAUCACAUCUUCACCGAGAGACAUUACAAAUGGGAAGAAGUGAAGGUGAGAAGUUCAAAGCGGAUCGUAGAGAACAAAAACCAAAAGUGGUUCCAGAAGUCGAAGACAGGUUGGCAGAUUCCUUCUUCCCAGAAUCAGACCAUGUUUCUGGCGACGAUGAAUUCUCAGUGAACAACAACCGUUAUGCGGUGAAUCAAAGAAUAAACUCAUAUUCAAAAAAAAUCAUCAGGUCAUGAAAGUCCUGGAAGAUGAAGUGGAAGUGGAAGCGACAAACGACGCUUUUCCUCGAGAUCCUUUCACAGACUCUCCGCGAUACCAUGAAAUGUCCAAAGAAUAUAAAAGUUGUGAUUGGCUUUUUAUAAAAAUAUUUGUGGAUUUAAAGCUUCUCGAGAGGAAUCCUCUCCUAUUCGUCCUAUCGUGAUGCACAGAGGACUGCAGUUGAACAGUGCUAACUCCGGGCGAUUUGGCUAUCCUUGUCCACGUAAAUUCAUUUUACUCUACAAUACUGAGAAAACGUUUUUAAUUAUAACGCAGAUCUGGUUCAAAUUCUGUGUUGGAAUCUUUAGGAAAAAAUACUUCGCAACUAGAAAUAAUUGGGGGCUAAGCUCCCUAGACUUUUCAUAAAAAAAGAUCUCAACGAUGAGCAGAAAAAGACUGAAAUGCUAUUCAAUGAAGAUGAUCAAAGUGAAAACGACUGUUCUGAAAAAAAUAUUAUCGUCAUUUUUUACGAGAAUCUAUUCCAAGUUUUCUGAUAAACCUAACAAAAUCAACCAGAGGUGCGAUUCUCAAUUCCUUUCGAAAAACUUGUUUCCAGCAAAUGCCGAUUGUGCGAAAACUUUGUACCAAAUGGAUCUCUCUCCUUGUCCGGCACGGCAAGGAGAUCCCUGUGCACCCCGGCCUCCUUGCGUAGUUUAUCUCUCUCCAUGAAAAACUCAAUUUCGUUUUUCAGUUGAAUGAUGACUGUUAUCACGUUGCGCCACCGGAAGCAGAAGGACAAAUCAUGCCGCAAUGGAGCGAGUGGAGCUCCUGCAGUGCGUCUUGUGGUUCUUCGACAAAGACUAGGCAGUGUUCAGGUCAACUUCCGCAUUUAAUCAACAUCCCCGUAUAACUUUUUUAAGAUAAUAAGUCCCCUUUUAGUACUAGUAUCUUAUUUCUCAAAGAUUUUUUGAAUAGUUUCAAGAAAAAUCUUUGUUCAAACUUACUUUCUUUUCAUAGUUUUGAUGGCGAUUUUUAUCGAAAGAUUUUUUCUCAUUUACUGAAAAAAACACCUCAAUGUUAUUGUUGUUGUCUGAAGUUUAGCGAAAUCAGUUUUUUUUUGGUAAGUAUACGUUUACCAUGUAAUAUUCUGGCCAAACUUUGAAUAUUAUAACAGUAAACUCUUGUAUUCUUUUUUUCCAGGCUUUGGCUGUCCUGGUGUAGCUUUCGUUGCUUGUUCAGUACCUCAAUGCGCUCUCUGGACUUCUUGGUCUCCGUGGACAUUUUGUUCAGCUACUUGUGGCCGAGGUGAACAGCAACGAACUCGAACUUGCCAGAACGGCCGCGAUUGCCUUGGACCCAGCAUAGUUCGUUGCCGUUUGCACUCCAACUACCGACGCCACCAAUUUCAAGGAAGUAGAGCCGUGCGAUUCACUGCCUUGCGCAAUAUGGGCUGACUGGUCUCCGUGGACCGGUUGCCAGCAAACGUGCGGCCGUGGGGUUGAACGCCGUUCAAGAACUUGUCAGGUACGGUAGUUUCUCGAAACUUGUACAAAUUUCACUUUGAGAAUGGACUUUUUUGCCCUGGGCCGCCAAGUGAAGAGCGACCAUGUGAUAGAGGACCGUGUCCGCACUGGGGAGAAUGGUGCAGCUGGAGCGAGUGCUCGAAAACUUGUGGCGGAGGAGAAACAGUUGAGAACUUUUUUAAGAAAUUAUUUGAAAUUAUCUAAGAAAUUUUUCUCUCAGACCCGAUGAAGGUCCUCAAAACUAUCAAUCCGAUCAUCUUUUUAAAUCAUCUAAAAAAAGUUUUUUUGGGGGUUGGCCUCAGAAAAAAAUUUUUUUCAGCGAAAAUUAUGAAAAAAACAGUUUCGGAACUUUCAUUUUUUUAUUAGAAAGGCUAAAGAGGUUCAUAUGAUAAUUUGUAUUAUCAAUCGAAAAAAAAAAAUUCAUAAAAAUAUCCACGUUUUUUUUAAAAAGUUUCGUCAAAUGAUCUCAACUUAAUUAUUCUCGACCGAUUUAGUAGAAAUAUGAACUUUUUCUUUACAGUAUCGAUCAAGAAACUGUGUUGACGGCUAUUCAUGUGAAGGAGCAUCCGAAGAAAAGCUACUUUGUAACCAACAACCUUGUCCAGAGUGGACACAGUGGACUCAAUGGUCGAUUUGUGAAGAAAAAGUGUGGAGAAGAAACUUUCCGGCUUCGCAACAGGUAAAAAAAAGUAUCUAAAAUGUGUAUUUAAAAUGAAUAAAAAGGUCUUCAUUAUUUUUCUGCAAGAUUUUUUUCUCUUGUGAAAAAUAGGUUCUUUUCAGAGUUUGCCAAUACGGAACAAACGGAGCUGACUGUGAAGGGCCUGCGCAGGAUCAAUCGAGCUGCCCAGUGAGAGAGUGUCCGAAAUGGAGUGAAUGGGAAGAAUGGUCAGAUUGCUCUACAACGUGUGGACAAGGAUCUCAAAAAAGGUGAGAUUAAAUUGAACAAAGAAAAACUCGAUUUUUUUUAGGUUAAGGAAAUGCGUGAAUGGAUAUGAGUGUACUGGACCAGCAAAUGAGAUGAGGUAUCUAAGUCUCAGUUUCUGAUCAAGAAAUAAUGCUCAGAUUCUGCCAAAUCGCGUCUUGCCCUUAUUGGGGAGAAUGGUCCCAAUGGUCUGGUUGUUCUGUCAGUUGCGGAAGAGGUUUCUGCGAAAGAAAUCGAAAGUAUAAAAAAGUUUUUCACUUCUUUUGAACUUUUUUUGUAACAGAUGCAUAACCGAUGAAUUUUUGCACAUUCCAAGCUUAGAUGAGCUGGAGCACGAUGAUUCUAGCUCAGAGUUGAGAGCCGGUUUGAUUGUGUUCAUGUUUUUCAUGGCAACUCUAUUUCCAGAAGCCAAGCAAGCACUCAUAGCAAGGGCGAAAAUUGUCAAGAAUCUCAAUCAGAGCGAGGCUAGUCUGUACAAAAAAUAAAAUCAUCUUGGAAAUUGUAGGUUCGAAGAUCACCUUCCCGUAAUGGAUUCGAAUCUUCUGGAGGUACUUGCGGCGGUUCUUCUUCAGAGAAAAAAGUUUGCGAUGCAGGUACAGGAAAAAUUGAGAAUUUGCGAAAUCCAUGACGAAUUUUCAGGCCCAUGCUGCUUUUGGGAGAAUUGGACGGAGUGGUCGCCUUGCAUCGGCUGUGGGAGAGACGGCAUCACGAAAAGAAAUCGAGCCUGUAAUCCAGAAGGCUACAGCUCUGAAACGUUUGCUCCUCCGUUCCAAGUUUCUUUCCAAGUGGGUAGAAAAAAAAGAUUCUUCAGAAUUUCAAAUAAACAGGAAGACUUCGACCGACAUCCACCUGCUGCUGCUCCUCUUGAUCAGUACACCAUCCCUAAAAGCUCUGGUGAAAAUAGUUUCUGUUAUGAUAAAAAUAAUCGGUUUAGAAAUGACCCUAAUAGGACUAUCUCCGAUUAUUCCGAUAGUUCAUCGAGGGAAACGACAAUCUUCUUAUGGUUUAGCUCGUGAGUUAAUACAACUUCAUGUUCACCUGGGUAAUUCUGAGUUUCAGUUCGUGCCAGACCGCCACAGUGUCAUUGCCCAGGAGAAUCUUUUGAUACAAAGCCUUGUCCCAAUCCAUUGCCUUGUGAAGAUCCGACGCCUUCUUGCGAAUGGUCUUCUUGGGGUGAAUGGUGUGGUUGUCAGCGUUGUCGGGUAACACAGUAUCUAAUGAGAGGAAACUAUUGAUGGUCCAGGAAGGCCAACAAAUACGCAGGAGAUACUGUGACAGAGUCAACACGAUCAGAGGCGGUCCUAUGAAGCCGGAUUUGUCUUGCGAGUGUCCUGAUGGCUUGGAUAUGGAGGACAGGCCUUGCAAAGUAGAUAAUGUAUGUAACAUGACGGUCUUACCGAGUAGUUUUUUUAUUUGCAGAGCUGCUUCAGAGGUCUAACGGCUUAUAAUCUAGACCUUAGUGAAAGAGGACGUCAGAACAGUCGGGAAAAUAAUAGAGGAUUUUAUUCUCAAAGCUCCUCGCGACAAGAAGAGAACGUCGAUCGUUAUGUUCCUAUCGACUCCGUCAUUGGACGAGUUGAAGUGAGCUUCCACAGGAGUUAUUUGUAUCAGAACUUGAGAGACCAAAGCACCUUUUCAACCAUUAGAUAAUCUUUUGUUGGUUCACCGGUUUUUCAAUUGAUAUUCAUUAUUUGGAUUAGGCUGAUUGAAAAAAAAAACAACAAUAGUUUUUCAGCUCAACCGCAAAGCAAGCGAAAAUUAUGAUCGUAAAGAUUCUGCUUCGAUUUACACGACGACACAAUAUCCAUAUGCGGUAAUCACACUUUUUUUAAAUUUCUUUUUCGAAAUUGAAUUGAAUUUGAACGUUAUUAAUAUAAAGCACUUUUUUCGAUGAAAAUUGUCCCUCUUAAAAAUGAAGCUUUGAAUCAGAAUUUGCUUUUUGAAUAUCACUUAUUUUAUGGGUAAAGAGUUCAAAGAAAGAAAAAAAAAACAGUUUCAGAUGUGCCAGUGGUCGAAAUGGUCACCGUGGAGCGACUGCGACUCGGAAUUCGAGAUGGAACGUAAACGUUUCUGUGUCGGAGACCAAGGUUUUUCAGUGAUAAAUCAUAAAAAAUUGACUUUUUUUCGUAGCGGACUUGGUGAGCAACUGCGAGUGCGUCGGCAAGUCUCACGAAGAACAACGCUGCACACAGAAACCACAAAAAACAAGCUCUCAGGCGGAAAUGAGCGUCGAAACCACCGAGGCCGAGGUUCAGAUCCGUUUUCUCGUGAUGGAUUAGCUCACUUGAGAAUUUGUAGUCACCGUUCAGUUGAGAUUGCUUUGACGAUCACGAGACAGGUCAACUUUAGUCUUGUCAAGAGAACUAAUCUUUCCGUGGCAAUAGGAAAUCUGAAUUUACCGGUGCAAAAAUGAAAUCUUCUAAAGCAACUUGUUCAAAAUUUUUGAACAGCUUUGAAUUCGCGAUAAAUUGAACAAAAGCUGUUAUAUUUUGUCAUAGAAUCUGUUCAGAUUGAAAGUGGGCUCGACGAGUUGUUAAAGUUGACAGAUGAGUCAUCUCCUAGAGCAACCGAGAUUAGCAGUUCUUUGACCGACCUUCAGGUGUUCUGAGUGUUUGUGAAAUGAUACUCAGGUUUCCCGUUUCAGUGUGACUGGACUCGCUGGUCACAGUGGAGCGUUUGCACGACAACUUGUGGCCCUGGGCAAAGAAUGCGGCGUAGAAGAUGUCCUUGCGGGUUAACUUUAACAUAAUCAGACUUUUAAUUUUUUUUUUUGAUUUUGUAUUUUUAUCGUGAAGAUUUUACAGAGAAAACAAGUGUGGCGCUGGCGUGGAAAGCUCAACAGAACACUGUGAUUCUGCCCCCUGCACCUCGUCAAACCAACGGAACCAUCCUAAUUUUCGAAUAGUUUCUUCUUAG